GUGUCAAACUCGUAAACACGUGUGGUUAUGUGGUUAUUUUGAAGUUAGUGACUAGAUACAGUGAGUGUUAUCCAGGAAUUUUAUCAAAAUGCCGCCUUUCAAAAAAGGAUUAUUGAAGAGGAAAGUUGAUGCUGAAAACCUGGAGCAAAAUGACCGUUUGAACACAUUUAAUCAGACAGAGGAUUCAGAACAAGAAGAUUUGAUAACUGGAGAACUGGAUGCUGCAAGUGACACAACAGAUUCCGAGCAUGAAGAUGAAACAGAAGUCACUUCCGACCAUGAAAGAGAUGAGGUUCUAUUUGAUGACAGUGCUGACUCAACAUUUGGGGAUGACGAACAAGCAGAUGAUGCUUCAAGUUCAUCAUCAAAUGUCACAGACUCUGAGGAUGAUGAUGAUGGAGAGUCUGAGGAGGAGGAUGACGACUCAGACAGUGAGGCGGACAGCGGCGCGGAGUCCGGCCCUGCGCGGCCCUCCGGUGACAGCGGCUCGGACGAGGACCGCGCCGCGCCGCGCCCGGCCGGACGAGUCAAGAUAAAACCAGACGCCGCCAACCAGCGCACUGACACUAGCAUCGACAGACUGGCAGACAGUGUUCACAAAGCUACUGUCAACACACAACCGGUCACACAAAAAGACGAGUACUCGUCGGGUGACACGUCGGACGAGGAGGACCGGCGCAAUACAGUGGGGGACGUACCUCUGUGGUGGUACCGCGAGUACACCCACGUUGGCUACGACCUGGACGGACGCCGCAUCAUCAAGCCGCCGCAGCGUGACCAGAUCGACGAGUUCCUCAAAAAAUGUGAAGAUCCGGACUUUUGGCGCACGGUGCGCGACCCCAACACCGGGCAGGACGUGGUGCUGAGCCGGCAGGACCUGGAGCUGCUGCGGCGCGUGCGGGCCGGCCUGGCGCCCGCCGCGCCGCGCGACGAGUACGCGCCCUGGCUGGACUGGUUCUCGCGCGACGUGCUGGCCACGCCGCUGCGCGCCUUCCCCGACCACAAGCGCUCGUUCGUGCCGUCGCGCGACGAGGCGCGCGCCGUGGGCCGCCUCGUGCACGCGCUGCGCAUGGGCUGGGCCAAGACGCGGCGCCAGCUGGCCGACGAGCGGCGCCAGCGCCGCCACAAGCCCUUCUACGACCUGUGGGGCGCGGGCGGCGCCGAGCCGCGCGGCCUGCAGCGCCACAUCCCGGCGCCGCGCCGCCCGCCGCCCUCGCACGCCGAGAGCUACAACCCGCCGCCCGAGUACCUGCUCGACGCGCAAGAGCUGAAGGAGUGGAACAAGCUGAGCGAGACGCCGUGGAAGCGCAAGUACACGUUCCUGCCGACGCGCCACGCCAGUCUGCGCGCCGUGCCCGCGUACGAGCGGUUCACGCGCGAGCGGUUCCUGCGCUGCCUCGACCUGUACCUGGCGCCGCGCGCCAUCAAGAUGCGGCUGACCAUCGGGCCCGAGGCGCUGGUGCCGAAGCUGCCGUCGCCGCGCGAGCUCCAGCCCUUCCCCACGUUUGAGGCGCAGGUCAUGCGCGGCCACGCCGGCCUGGUGCGCAGCCUGGACUUCGACCCCAGCGGACAGUACAUCGCCUCGGCCGGGGACGACGGCUCCGUGCGCGGUCAGUACACAACCCAUUACAGACAUCACUUCCCUCCGCGCGCGCGCACGGUGCAGUGGUGUUCUUAUCGCUGUUAUAUUAUUAUUGUUUUCUUUUUGAUAUUUACGUGAUCUAUUCCGGUUCGUGUGGCUUUUUUGUUGUGUGCCCUGUGUCUGAGUGUGGUAUACGUGAGUAAUUAACGGGAUUAAUCCACUUAGUAAAGUAAUAUUCAUCAUAUUUUCGGUAAGUCAAUUUAUUU